GUAUCCUCUCCACCCCCCAACCUGUGUGACAUACGAUAAAUAUGUUUCAAGCUGUUGCGCCAGUUGGCACGUGAUUUCUCCUCUCGCGCUCCUCUUCCUUUCACGAGCGACCCUUCAAAGGCGGUGAGAAGUUCCGGUUAGGUCAGCUUCCGCUGUCGGAACUAUUUUAAUGAUUGGGAAGAAGGUCGGGAAACGUAGUUAGUGACCCGCCACUGGAUUGAUCCAGCAAUGGAGGCUCGGAGGCUCCGCUCUCGGGACGAACCACUCUUCCAAAUGUUGAGCUCAGACCGCUCCGCCGUUACCACCAGCCUCCCUCGGCAGCCAUCUUCAACUCCCGUAGGUGUGUGAGUUUAUUCCCACCGGCGAUGUGGCAAGUGAUGUGAGGGUCUCUUCCCACGCAGAGAAGGAAUUCGAAGAUCGGAAAGGCAGGGACGAGAAAAGUGGUGGCGCUGACCGCGCUGUGACCCGCGUCUUGGACCACUUGCCCGCCGCCUGCUGGACGUCAGAAAGUGUCAGGACUGCGCAUGCUCACAUGAUCAAACGUAUCGAUUAUGGCUCUGCUGACUAAAGCCGGCUUCAUGCGGACUCUGCGUGCUGUUUAAAAUGAUGGAGACCAUUUUUGCAGGUCUGUUUUCAGUGUCGUUAUGACAAUGGACAGAUCAAAAAGAGGGACCUUCGUGGGCAAGUCGACUGCCGGUGUUCGAAGCUGCUGUUGUUUGUUAAUAGUCUAGCGUCUGCGAAUUUUCUGGGUGGUCACGUGGUACCCGAGACUGGUCAUUACUCCUGGGGAGUAACUAUUGUUGGUGUUCAGUGAAUUACACACACUGUCAUCGUCAACAAAGAAGAUUGGAUUGGACAUCAGUGAAAUUCUGAAUUUUUUUCUUUAUAGUGUAUGCCGGUGUUCAUUUAGCGCUUCAGUAUUUAAAAAAAAAAUGAAAGAAAGGAAAGGAUCAAUGAAGUUUUAAAGAAAAGAACUGCUGAGGAGGAAAAAAAAGUGAAUCGAAAACAGAGAUUGAAAUGAUGUUGUUUACAAGAUAAUUCUCCGCCUGUCUCGUGUAGCUCGUCUAUCGACAUUAAAGGGUCUUCAUGAACGUGAUCCUUGUCUAGUCCUGUUAACCUCCCCUUCGUCUCUGAUUCCGUACUCGAUGACCUUGUUUAACACGUGGGCAUCCAUGCUGUCCCUCGUUCGCAAUGCCUCUCUGCCUCUGGAAUCAAACAAUGUAUCCCAUCGGCCCUUCCUCUCUGACGUCAACGAUGUGGUGGCCUUCACCUUGACCCUGCCGGAGAACUCGAGCACGCCGAGGAGGGAUGCUUGGCGGCGGAUCUGGGAGUGGGAGCGACUGGUCGACCCCCACUGGCUGCAGCAGGAGCCUCUACCCUACGCCAUGCACGUCUGCAUCGGCGUUGUCGUCUUCUUCGUUGCCGCCUUCGCCAUCGUUGGCAACGUCCUCGUCCUGUGGUCCAUAGUGAGGUUCCGCAGCCUCAGAACAUCCUCCAACCUGUUCAUCAUUAGUCUAGCCGUCGCCGACAUCAUCAUGUCUGUUAUCGACUUCCCACUCUUUGCUGUCUCCAGUUUCCUGGGUUACUGGUCCUUUGGCUACAACAUGUGCCAGAUGUACACCAUUAGCACGGGCGCGGCAGGCUUGGUCAACAUCAACACCCUGGCUGCCAUCUCCUACGACCGCUACACCGUGGUGGUGCGUCGAGUGCUGCCCGUGCAUCACGUCUCCCGGUCCAUGACCCGUCUGGUCAUCGCCGUCAUCUGGAUCUCCUCCGUGCUGUGGAUGAUGUUCCCCAUGAUGGGCUGGGGCCACUUCACGCUGGAAGGCACGGGCACGUCCUGCACCUUCGACUACCUCGACCGCAGCGCCGCCAACCGCGCCUACGUCACGACCUUGACCCUGGCCAACUUCGUGGUGCCUCUCAUCGUCAUCGUCUUCUCCUACGUCCGGAUCUUCCUCUCCGUGUCCGCGGUCCGGCGUGGGCUGAUGGACAACUGGCCAGAGUUCAGCCUUCAGAGCCAGCGACAGGGCCGCAAGCUGCACACGGAGCUCAAGAUGGCCGUCACGACCCUCGUCAUCGUUGGGGUCUUCUGCGUGUCCUGGACGCCCUACGUCAUCGUCGCCACGAUCGCGCUGUUUGGAGAUGCGCACUUAGUGACCCCGAUGACGUCUGCUGUUCCCUGUUUGCUGGCCAAGGUGGCCACCGUGUCCAACCCGCCGUUGUAUUCGCUCGGACAUCCCAAAUUUCGAAAAAAAAUUCGCCUGCUCGUCAUGUCCGCCAUGAACAGGAACCCCAACGUGUCGAUGAGCAGCUUCACGGUGUCCAUGGACCACCCACCCACCACCCUGUAGUGGUGACGUCAUGCUGCAGUUGCACCCAGUGGAUAUCGGGUAUUUCUGCGGAACAGGUGCGGGGACAAAAUCGCGAAGGUAACUACACCCAGACUAGAUAAAGGUCUACGUGCUAGUGACAGCUACAUCCUGGUGACGUAUACUUCGUAGUGACGUAAAUAUAACAGAUAAUGGUGACGAUUGCAUCGUAGUGACGUAAAAGAUAACGGUGACGUCUGUAUAGUAGUGACGUAAAUAUUACAGAUGUGCAAAGAUCAUGGUGACGCAAAUAUCAGUAUCGUCGAGAUAAUGAUAAACUCACGAUCGUGGUGACGUACAGAUGGCUGUUACAUGUGCUUCUAAGUGCUUCUAGUUAGUUGUGACGUCUCUCUUAUUGAAGAGGCUGCUCGGUGGCGCAAUGGUUAGCCCCUAUCACCAGUGCAGUGAGGGUUGGCUCUCCUCGGUUCAGAUCUCGUCUCAGCCACACUGUUUUUUCUCUGCAUGUGGCAUCUGCUUAUAGGGCUGCUGCCUUGCCGUGACGUAACCUUAGUUGCUGGCGGCGUAAAGCACCGAUUCCCCCCACCACCUCUUAUUGAAAACAUCUUCAAAGUUGUGAACAUGUCUGAAAGCCUCUCUUGCCGUCGUGUGUCCUACAGUGGAUACAAACUUCGGAUUCUUUAGGGUCUAACAUCGUGGAUCGUCUGAUGCAUCCAUCUGCUACACCUUGAAGUGUGUAUUCCAUUCUCUGGAAGGUGUGUGUGUGUGUGUGCGCGCGCGCGAGGAUAAGCGAUUAAUAAACGAACUACAAGAUGAGUUCAAUGACAUUAUCGUCCUCUUUAAACGGAUUCUCUGAUUGUCACGUAUAAAUCUUGUUCUCUUUGUUCAUUCGGUGAUUACUAAGUCUUAUACCUGUUACAUGCCAACAAAACUGAUUUAAAACCGUUGAAAAGAAACAUGUAAUAUUUUAGC